AUACGGGAAUACUUAAUGUUUUAUAAGAUACGACUUGAUUUUUAUGAGUUGUAUAAUGAAUUGUUCGCCAAUGAAUAAUUUAAAUCGUCGUCCAAUUUUUCCAAUUAAUAUUCGUCACGAGAUGGCGUCUAAUAUAUUCAACUAUUUAUGCUAAUCGUGUAAACUACCGUAAAGAGAGAGAGAGAGACUUCUCGCGUCACUCAAAGCCUGUUCGUACCGGUAAGCGUGUUACAGACGAUACGAUUUGCGAAUGCGCGCAUAUUAAAUUUAACAUUUCAUCGGAAGCAUCCAGCGAGCAUUCGCAGAAUAUAGAUGCAUGCUCGCAAAAUAUAGAUCAAAUAUUAUGAAAAUUUUAUAAAAAUCUUUAUCAGAGACAUCUCUGUGCAAAAAGAGGAAAAGAAGAAACACGUGAAAAAUAAAUUUACGAAUAUCUUUUAUAAUGCUAAAUUUCUAAACAAUUUGUUAAAUAUGUGAUCAGUUUCGCAAGCACACAGUAUUCCAUCGACGCGGUGCCGGAACUUUAUCAAUGCAGGUCAAUCGCAGACUAUCAAGUCAAACACGCGCUUUGAUCGCCCCGCUUGUCACGGUGUGCAACGUAUUCUUCUCGUUUGAACCCUGCCAGUAUUCCAUCGCUUCGCCGCCCACUACCACCUUCUCGAUAAAAUCGACGGAAGCGCGCUCGAACAAUGGUCUGACGUCUCUCGUGUUUGGUUUACUUAUAAGUUUUCUAGGUGUCCCAGAAUCGUCGAAUGUCUUCUAAAUUUUACAGUAAAUCUGGGGUCAACUCUCUCUCUCUCUUCCUUUGAAAAUUUGAUAAGGUGGUCAUGCGAUUAUGGACACCGAGAGCGGCAACAACGACAGCGGCAUCAGCAGCAGCAUCAGUGACGAACCGUGCAACAGCAGUAAGCCCAUGCUGCCGAAGCAUGGCGAUAUUACCCAGAGCAAAUCUCACGGCAAACAGGCCGGCUGUGUGCGUAAGAUGAGUAUAAUGUUCGAAGAGGACGACGAUGUAUCUGACGAUGCAGAUUCGGACGUGAUGAGUAUCCAUCAUCAGCACCAAAAACGCUCCGAGAUGGAGGCCGAGUGGUCCUCGGAGGAGGAGAAAGGUCGUUUACUGAAUGCCGCCCGUGAGAUUCUCGUCGUGCCGCCCGAUAAUGGUAACAAUGAUAGAAGGGUGAUUAGCCGCGAAGACACUCCUGAGAGCGUUCGUCGGGAUAAAGGUCAUCGCUGGCGGCCGCAACCACGGCUAAUGGUCGAUCAGACCGAGUCCGCGUCGAGUUCGGAUCGCGACAACGGACUGCACAGUCCUGGCAGAUCGAGCACCAGAAGCAUCGAUCCACGGCACUGUUAUCAUCAUCAUCAUCAUCAUCAUUGUCCCAACGUGCGUUCGCUGAAGGCCUUCAAUAUGGACGAGAAUCAACAGCACUGUUCCUGCUGCCAUCAGUUGUCGCCUACCUGGUCCUCCGCCCUCUACAACGGGAGUCAGGCCCGCUCGUUCCCCGAUACGGUCUCGAUCAGGUCCCUAACGUCGAUCGGCCUGGGCUCUUCCGACGGCCGGAAGCUCACGAUACGUAGAGUUCCCACUUCGCCGUCGGAGCUGCUUAACGUGGUACAUCCGCCGCCUUUCGAGGACGACGUUUCCACGUGCGCCAGCUAUGACGACCUGGAUGCGGACGAUCCCGACGAUUAUCGGCAGCCCAGGAGGCCCCAUUGGGCGAACAAAAUGGAAUUCGUGCUCGCCUGCAUAGGCUACUCCGUCGGUCUCGGCAACGUCUGGAGAUUUCCCUACUUAUGCUACAAAAGUGGCGGCGGUGUGUUCCUCGUGCCUUACUUUUUAAUACUCAUAGUAUGUGGAGUACCAUUGCUGUACAUGGAGCUCAGCAUCGGACAGUUCACUCGUCGCGGCCCAAUUGGUGCCCUGGGUCAAGUGUGUCCGCUAUUGAAAGGAGCUGGUUUAUCAUCAGUCGUAAUAUCAUUUUUAAUGUCUACCUACCAUAAUGUGAUAAUAGCCUACGCAAUUUACUAUUUCUUUGCUGCAUUCCGAUCGGAGCAACCAUGGUCACGUUGCGAUAACUCGUGGAACUCGCCGCACUGUUGGCUGCCCAGUUAUGGAUCCAUCGAUAAUCGAACUCGACCGAACUUGACGAAAACACCGUCCGAGGAGUUCUUCGACAAUAAGGUCCUGCAAAUUAGUAACGGCAUCGAAGAGCCAGGGAUUUUGAGAUGGGAACUCGUGGCAUGCUUGAUAACUGCGUGGAUCAUAGUAUAUUUUUCCAUCUGGAAGUCCAUUAAGUCAUCGGCGCAAGUGAGAUACCUGACAGCGACGCUGCCGUUCCUCCUAAUCGUGGUCUUCCUCAUGCGAUCUCUCACUCUGGAGGGCGCAGCGAAAGGUCUGCAAUUCUUUUUUCAUCCACGCUGGGAAUUGCUAGGCGAUGCAAAGGUAUGGAUCAAUGCUGCGGCGCAAGUCUUCAAUUCUGUGGGCAUCGCUUUUGGCUCGAUGAUAUGUUUUGCGAGCUACAAUCGAUUCCACAACACGGUCCUCGUAGACACUGUCGCCGUUUCGCUCAUAAACGCCUUCAGUAGUCUAUUAGUUGGAAUAUUUUCAUUUGCCACGAUCGGCAACAUAGCGCGAGAGCAAAAUAUGUCCGUCGAAGAUGUCCUAACCGACGGACCUGGUCUAGUCUUCGUCCUCUAUCCGCAAGCGCUAGCCAAGAUGCCAGCUUCUCAACUCUGGGCUGUGCUAUUUUUCUUUAUGCUGGUCUGCCUUUCGUUGAACAGUCAGUUUGCCGUUGUUGAAGUGGUCGUUACGUCGAUCCAAGACGGUUUCCCGAAUUGGGUGAAGCGUCGUCUUCUCUGCCAUGAAAUGGUGGUCCUCGUCAUAUGCGUCGUUUCGUUCUUGUUUGGACUGCCGAAUAUUACGCAGGGCGGUAUUUAUUUUUUCCAACUGAUAGAUCAUUAUGCCGCGUCGAUGUCUAUCAUGUUCUUGGCGUUCUUCGAAGUGAUUGCCAUCUCGUGGCUCUACGGCGUGCGACGGCUGUGCAAUAACGUCAAGGAGAUGACCGGACGCAUGCCUUCGCUGUACUUCCGGUUCUGCUGGUUCCUCGCCGCACCUCUUCUCAUAAUGGCUGUAUGGGUGUUCAGCUUAAUUGAUUAUGAGCCGCCAACUUACCAUAAUGGUGACUAUACAUAUCCAUGGUGGGCAGAAGCAAUCGGAUGGGGCAUCGCGUCUCUCUCCUUAAUUUGCAUUCCCGCUUUUGCCGUUUACGUAUUCGUCAGAGCGAAUGGUGCCACAUUUGCUGAAAGACUCAAAAAUUCCAUCAAGCCGCACUUCGAAGCGUGUAAAGUUUGCGGACAGGAGUACUGUGUAGAUCCCAUGCACAGUCUGCCAGAAGAGACGCUCAAGGAACCACAAACAGACAUGAAUACAUCUAUACAACUGAAUUCGCACUACCUGUUGAAGCCUCAGACGUGAUAACGUAUCGACAGAAACGAUCAGCUUUUUACGAUUACACUUAAUUCACAGAAUGCGAAAUUAUAUUGAAGAAUAAUUAUUUAACUAGAAAUACCGUUUACUCGCAUACUUUUACUGUCAUCGGUCAUUACAGCAACUGUCGCGGCAGUCAACAUUCCAUUAUUUAUAGCCUUGUUUUAAGGACGGUAAUCACUUGUGAAAGAGUCAUUAGGAUAAGAAUAUAUCUGUUACUUCUUGUAAACUGUUACUCUUUACGCCAUCGUCAUGUGAUAGACUAUAUAGAUAAGCACUGAUUCGAAGUAGGAUUAUAUUUCUGUAUAUAUCGCAAUCGAUACGCAAUAUAAUGUGUACAACAUAGUUAAUUAUAAUUUUAAUAAAUUAUUAUUGUCCAAGAA